UUUCAUUCAUUCAUUGAAUUAUACAAAUAAAUCACUAUUUUAUUCAAAGUGUGUCUCAAAAUGAAGGCACAGUUAGUUUGGGUGAUAAUGAUUGUCACUUUGAUUGGCAACUCAUACCAGGAGUGCUGGUGUAAUGUCCGACUCCGGGGCGAGUAUUGCGGAUCCGAACUGAACCGGAGGAAUGAUAACCAAGACUGCGAGCGACAUAUCUAUUAUUGCGGCCGAAAUAAUAUGAACAAAGUGGCCAUUUUAGUGGCCCGAUGUCCCGACGAGUCCCAGUGUGAGGACAAUCAGACUCAACUGUCUUCCAGGACCAGACGGAGAAACACAUGUUUGCGAAAACUUCAGUGUCAUUGUCGCGACGGUAUGGAUGACGACAACCUGUAUUGUGGGAAUCAAUUGACUGGAAGUGAUUGUCCGCCACACGUGCUGUUCAGGUGUCGGUUCAGUCGAAACGGUGUGUCCGCUCGCGACGCUUGUCUGGACGGCUGUCACGACGGAAAAUGUCUCAACGGAGUCGACAUUCCCGACAAUUUCAGACGGGAUUCAAGUAGUGAUGGUUCGGAUACAGAGAUGCCUUAA